AUGAACUACGAGCCGCCUAAAGUCACACCUGUCGAGGUGACCAUCGACGAAGUGAAAAGGUUCUUUGUAAAUUAUAUACUUUCGGAUCAAUUGGGUCAGAUCGCAAACGCUCAUUUGGCUAAAGCUGAUAUGGCGCCAAAUGGUGCUUUCCAUGGCCAAUGCAUCCGUUUGGCACAGCUGCACUCCGAAGCGGUCGAUUUUCCAAAGACAGGGAUACCGGCAGAAUUUCCGUUGGGGCUUAGAGCGGAACGUUUCCCCGACUUUAUGGAAAAAGUGGACAAACCCACCUACGAAUCUCAGAAGAUUCUUGGUAAACUUUAUCGAUCCAUUGUGGUGGACGAAUUUGAUCCUUACACGGAUAUCUCCUUCGAUGAACGCCUUCGCGUGGAUGGUUUCGAACAAUAUCUGGAAGACGCACGAGCAACCAAACGAGAGUAUGACGCAGAAUUGCGUGGAUUGAUGAAUCAAUUUGGUGUUUCGUCCGAGUACGAAGUUUCCAGCGGUUUCAUUGUAAAACCGACGGUGAAGAUUGAAAGGAAGAAGCCACGAGAGGUGCAAAAAUCCGUCGCAGAUAAUAUAGCUGUGAUCAAACGUCAGUACAAGAAGAAAUUUGAACGCGAGUUUUAUGGUGACGGAAAUGUUAUACCACCCGAGAAAGAAAAGAGUAUGGAGGCUAAAGCAUUCGCGUGGUAUUAUGUUUCAUACCAUCCAAAUGAAAUGAACGAUGAUGAUCCUUCAGAGAGAAUGAUAUCGUUCCCAUGGACAAACUGGGAAAUAUUGACGAAGAUCGCGAUCAAAAACAGUAACAAGAAUAGAAGCUUCGCUGACUCCUAUAGCCAUGAAAAGCCGACAAAAUCUUUUUCUUAUUGGCGGGAGAACUUUAUAAUGGAAGAGGAAAAAACGUACAAGUCUAAUCAUGGCACUCGUGAUAUCCAUGAUGUGGAUGAUGGUAUGAACUAUCUCCGAGAGAGUCUCAGGAACAGUCACACCAGGAGUUAG